CAUCCCUCUCAGCCUGCAUCUGAGAACACGCACCGUUAGUUCUCCAGUCGGACGCAUCUCUAAAAAAAAACUUAAGACCGCGAGACGUUUUGCCAACAAUAACUAGUCUUCUGUUGUUUUAUUUUAUAGUUAAGAAAGGAAUUAAAUAUAUUGCCAGUGGUGUCAGUUGGAUAGUUGGUUUUGUAUCCUGUUCCAAUGAUGAUGUCAUUGCGGAAUUUCGAUGGGGGUUUCGAGAAAGGCGGAGUUCGAGCGCUAAAUGUUUGGCACCGUUUUUCCACGCUCAACAAAUGUUGUUUCAAAGUGAACUCUUGCUCUUGUUUAAUUUAGUGCCGCACGUCUGGUCGUAAUCUCGAUUUUGAGUUUCGGAUUACAGCGUCAAGAGAUAAACUUUAGUCUUCCAUCAUCAUCCUGGCUCGGCUGCAUGUUUCUGUGAGGUCUUGUGGUUAUACAUUUAUUUUUAUAACUUUCUUCCUCGAAGCCUUUUAUCGUGAUUUACUGAACUGAAUACUAGCUGUCACAUUACAUCUGUGGUCAGAGUUUGUCAUCUUAACUGCUUGAAAUUGAUUAAGUAGUUUCUUUGGAGAGCAAUUUUUUCAUCGGAAAUUUUACUGACUAGUUUUUAUAUGCGUGAAACUUUUUUGUGUCUUUUUUUACUUUAAUGCUGCUAUAGAUUUUUUAUCGAUUUUUAUAAAUUUUGAAGAAUCUUAUAAUCAGCAUUUAUUGAAAAUUUUUAUAAGAAUCUUUUGAACUUUUCUGUACUGAAAACAGGUAUUUGUACUCACAUUUUAUCCUAACAACGAUCUUCGUAUUUUUUUCUCCCUUUGAGAAGGAAUAUUGAUGUUUUGUAUGGUUUUUGAAAGAUCUUUAUAAAAUAAUUUUACUGCAAGUCGAAUGUAAUUGUGAAUGUUUCUGCAAUAACUUUUGCGUAUAUGAACUUAGUAUAUAAAGAUAAACAUGGAGGAUACCAGCAGUUGGUCAAGAAAUAGUUCCCGUCAGCGAAAUACCAGGGAUUGGAUUUUAGAAAAUGAUCUUGACAUAAUUCCUCGUGCUCCACAUUCUAGCCAGUUUAUUAGAAUCGAGUUACAUUUGGCAAAACUGGAUUCACUAAAAAGCAAAAUUACAGAGCUUACUACUAUCAUACAGCAUACAGCUCAAGAAAGAGAUAUUCUUGAAAGGCAGCUCAAUAGAACACAGCUUGAUAGGCUAAGAUUAGUUCGAGAGCAAGAAGAGAGGUUAGAUCAGCAAGCUCAAAGGUAUGAGGAAAGAUUGACAGAACUUCAUAGUGUAAUUGCAGAAUUAUCUAAGAAAUUAGAAGCUCAGAGGGCUAGUAUAAUAAAAGAAGAAGAUGAAUGCAGUCAACAGUCUGGGGAAGAUUCUAGAUUAAGUGAAACACAGAGCCACUGUACAAGCAAUGACAACAAUGCAACUGAAUCUUGUAGUGAUAGAGAACUUUCGAGGUUUGGUGGUGAAGAAGAUUCACGUCAUGAAAAUUCUCACACCAUUUUGCAAGAUGGUGAAGAAGCUAGCAGUGGUCUUGGUGAUAAUGAAAGUUCUGAAGACAGACCUAUGGAGACUUCAAGAGACAGAGAAAUGGAAGGUUUUAAUGAAAAUAGAGCGACCUCUUGUCAUAGCUUACAAAUAUCUCAACUUCAAGAGGAAAUUUUUGUCUUACGAACAGCAAAUACAGCACUGCGACAACAGUUAGAUAGGCAAGAAGCUGAGCUGAAUCGUACGCGAGCUGUUCUUGCUAGUUGCAGAGAUGAAAGAGAUAGAUUGCAGAGAAGGAUACGAGAAGCUCAGUCGAAACUUGCUAGUCUUCAAUCUCAAAGCUCUCAAGGUUCGCAGACUGGUAGUUCUCCAACUAGAAGUAAAAGCCCUCAUAUUAAUCCUACCACAGGUGAACGCACACCCACCUCUAGAGAAGAUGUUCCUAUUGCAAAAAUGGCUGAGAGAGUUAGGCUGAAAAAGAUGGAAAGUGGGGAUCGACAUAUUUUGGGCUCUGAAAUUUCAAGUUUAGGGUUAUCUACAACGAAAAUGGCCGAACAUUUGGCACAGAAUGUACAUGAAGAAUCUUAUGCUCAGGAAAUUUUCCAAACAUUGUUUUCUACUGGUUCUCCUGUGCCAGAAAACAAAAUUAAGGAGUUUGAAGUAGAAAUGGAACGUCUGAAUAGUAGAAUAGAACACUUAAAGUCUCAAAAUGAUCUCCUAAAUUUAACACUUGAUGAAAGCAAAGGACAGUGUGACAGAUUAAGUGUUCUUAUAGGAAAAUAUGAAUCUAAUAAUACAGCCCUCCAACUAGCUCUCUCUUACAGUGAUCAGGCUAUUGAAUCUUUUGAAGUUCUUUUGGCCUUAUUAGAAUCAGAACAGGACCAAAUACGUGCCAAUUGCAAAGCUGUCGGUCUAGUCAAAUCUGAUAAUGAAAAUCAAGAAAAAAUUAUGGAACUUUUGAAAGAGUCACAGGAGAAUAGGAAAGCAGCUGAAAAUGUUGCAAGGCAUUUCUUACAGAAACUUGAUAGGAGCUAUGGUUUUUCCUCAAGAUUUGGAGCAUGCAAUAUUAGUCCUUGGGAAGAUUUGUCUUCACAUAGUCAUACCACAAGUACAUCCAGUUCUGUGUCUAGCACAGGUGAUACUGAAUUCUCUAAAGCUGAUGAGCGCAGACUUAGAGAAUAUAUAGUUCAGUUAAAGAAUGAUAGAGCUGCUGUUCGAACUACAGUUGUUGAACUGGAGAGCAUUCAUGUUGAUCCCAUUAACAAAGAUCCACCAACCAUUAUUGAUGCUCAAAAGCUGGAUCUGGAGAAUGCCGUCCUCAUGCAAGAAUUAAUGGCAAUGAAAGAAGAAAAAGCUGAAUUAAAGGCUCAGGUUUACUUGUUGGAAAAAGAGAAGACAUCUCUUGAGUUGCAGUUGAGUAGUCGAGAAGCUCAGGAGCAAGCUUAUCUUGUUCAAAUUGAACAUUUUAAAAGUGAACUCCAAGAGCAAACAGAAAUGGUUGAAAAGUUAAAGUGCACCAACCAGAAUCAAAAGACUGAUAAUAGUGAAAGUGAGAAAUUAAGUGAAGCAGCAGAAAAAAUUAGCAAAUUAAAAGCUAGAAUUCAGGAACUAGUCGUGACUAUGGAAAAUGUAACAAAAAACUCUGAGAUGAGAGCGCAGCAGUCAGUUGAAUUUGUUAAUGAUUUGAAACGUACGAACAGUGCCUUGGUUAUAGCCUUUGAAAAGGCAAAGAAGAAACAACAGACAAAAGUAAAAAAGUUGGAGUUACAAAUGAGUUCAAUGACAGAAAGGCAUAAUGCUCAGGUAAGAAUACUUAAACAAAGAAUAGCAAUGCUUGAGGGUGAAUCUGGACACCGUGUUCAAACCUCUGAGGCAGAUCUUCCUAUGUGACAUAAAACUUCUUCCCAAAACUUUCAAGUUAAUUCAUCUGAGAGUUUGUAUGAUCUAUGACUGCUGUUUUUCAUAAAAUUUGCCUAUGUAUCAUCAUACAGUGGCAUCAGUUUUAAAUACAAGGCUUAUGUAGUUUUAAAAAUAAUAAUAUUUGAAUUAAAUUUUUAAUUUUGUUUCUGUGGUACAUUUGAGUUAUAUAAUUGUCAUUACUAAUAUUCAUAUUAUGCACUGCUAGUAGUUCCUUUAAUAAGGUUUAGUAUAUUUUAUUUAUAAGUUUAAAAUUAUUUCUUUAAUUGUAGUAGUGCUUUCUCAAUUUCAAGGAAGAAUUGUCCUCAUUUAUAUGCAUAAAAUUUAGGCUAUUGAUUGCUUUGGUGUAAAACAUAUCUAAUAAUACUUAUUAUUAUUAUAUUUUUUAAUUAAUUGUAAGAAAAACAUUUGCUAUGCCAUUACAACUAUUAUUAAAGAUUUUUUUUAAAAAAAUUUUAUAUGACAUGCACAAUUUGUAGCAAAAUAUUUAAAGUUGAAAAAUUAGUAAUUUCUAUUAAAUCAGAAAAUUUUGUGUGUGUUGUCCUAUGUUUAUGCACUAUU